AAGAGGCUUGGUCAUUCGUACGUUGUAAUACUUCGCUGUCGGACCUCAAGUCGGUCAGAGUUAAUAUAUCAAAACAUUGAAUGUUCACAAAGUGCAUGUGACUUAUUAAUUCCGUAAAAAUGUGGAGGAAUUGUACUUUAAUUGUAAUUUAUGCUGCAUUAUGCAAUAUAGCAGCAAGCAAGAGUUGGCACGGUCAUAACUCACAUAACCAUGGGUGUCAUCAUUAUAAUAAUGAAUGGCAUACUGGACACGAAUCAUCAUCUUCGAGCAGUGAAGAAUAUUAUUGGCCGCAUUACAGUCAACAUGGCGCUAAUGAAUUUAACCCUUGGGGUUGGGACACAAAUCAGUAUACUCACCCUAAUCAUAAUUGGGAUGCUAACAAUGAUGAUACACAAUGGAUGAUUAUACGAAGAUUGACCACAAGUACUUCAUCACCAAACCAGCCAUCGCCCUCUUCAAGUAAACCCACAGUAUUUCCAAACCAACCAUCACCAUCACCAAAUACACCAACAAUAAAUCCAAACCAACCUACGCCUUUCCCAAAUGCACCAACAGUAUUUCCAAACCAACCCUCGGCAUCACCAAAUGCACCAACAAUAAAUCCAAAACAAGCAACGCCUUUCCCAAGUAGACCAACAGUAUCUCCAAACCAGUCAUCAGCAUCACCAAAUACACCAACGAUAAAUCCAAACCAGCCAACGCCUUUUCCAAGUGAAACAGUAUUUUCGAGCCUGCCUUCGAUAUCCACAAGUGAUAACUCAACAAUAGAUCUAAGUCCUACGUCAUCAGUUGGAAGUCUGUCAGAACCAAAUACUGGAACAUCGUUAACUGACGUGGACGCCUGCCUACGUUCCUGCCCUGUUACUACAGAAUAUGAUCCUGUGUGUGGUACAAACUAUGAAACUUACAAUAAUAUGGGACGGUUCGUUUGCGCUCAAAGAUGCGGAGUAGAUGUAAAAAUUUUUUUAAGAAGAAGUUGUCCACCACUUGGUUUGGGUCAGUUACGAACUACACAAGCUGUAUGUAUCGCAUCUUGCUCUAUAGCAGAAGAAUAUAAUCCAGUUUGUGGAUCAGAUGAUAUCACACACGACAACCCAUCGACGAUUCUGUGUGCCCAAAUGUGUGGAUACAAUGUGACGAUAAAAAGUAUGACCUCGUGUUCAGAGGCAACUACAGUUCAGUCACCAAGUUUACGCACAACUACGCCAAUACCAUACCGAAUUCGGACAUGCAUAGAAUUAUGCGUUUCUGAUACUGAAUUAAAGCCAGUGUGUGGAACAAAUGACGUCACCUAUCAGAAUACAAAUCAGUUAGAUUGUGCAAGAGUAUGUGGAGUUGAUGUGGAAAUAAAGCAUAGAUUACCAUGUGGACAAGAAAACAGCAACAGUAAUAGCAAUCCCUCGAUUCCAAACGUUAAUGAUCAGAGUGUAAAUCCCCUUCCACCAACUGUUCAGAUGUGUGUGAACUCUUGUUCCGUGACGGCCGAAUACAGUCCAGUCUGUGGGACAAAUGGUAUUACGUACCCUAACCCUAGCCAGUUAGAAUGCGAUCGGUUAUGCGGAAUUAGAGUUGAAAUAUUGCAGCGUUCGCCGUGCACUCAAAUUACAAAUGACAAUCAAAUAUCAACAACAACUACACCUUCAACAUCGACUACAUUGUCACCUAUGCUAUUAGCAUCCUGUAUUAGAGCAUGUCCUCAAACUCCGGAAUACAACCCCGUGUGCGGUACUAAUGGUGUCACGUAUAAAAACCCUAGUCAUUUAAGCUGUGCUCAGACCUGUGGCGCCAAUGUCGACGUUAAGCGAAGAUCAGUCUGCCCGCCUGUAGGAGUUACAGAACCGCCUGCAGAUGGCCAGUCCUCGGCACCUAUAACCAAUGCGCCGCUUCAAACGACAAAAGAACCUACAACCAUCAACGGGAAUUCCGAUAGUGUUAAUGCCAACAACAAUGGAGGAGUUAACGUAGUGACAAAUGUACCGAUACAGGUCCCAGAUGUGAAUAAUGGAAACAAGCCGUCUGACAAUAAAGAUGUGGCCACAAUAUCUCCUGUAGAUUUGCUUAGCAUAUUUACAGAUCCAACAACAACCACUACUGAAGCAGAUGAAGCCAUUGAUUUCGAUAGUAGAUUUGGUGAAGAUAAGAGGAGUAAAAAAUAAAUCAAUCAUUUAAUUCGUAAUCUUAGCAAUUAUGUAAUUAUUUGGACUGCAUAAUUAUUGAUUAUCAAGUAUCCUCAAAAUAUUAAUAAACAGUGCCAAUGUACGAGUUUGUGA